GGUGUCAUGUGUCACGUGAUAGUCAAACUAUCCAAAAUGUUCCUUAUACAUGCUGUAUUUACUCUACUACUCUUUAAACUAUUUCCGCAACUUCCAGUUCAGGAUAGCAAAGUAUAAAUAUAUGUGGCUUUCUUGUUAUAUGUUCUUUCCCUUCGUAUUCCCUUCCUAUCUGACCCUCUGUUUUCGGUCUGGUCUGGUGUGAAUUAAGAUUGUCUUGAGUCUCCUCCACCUACCAUGUCAACAGUUCAGCAAAAGGUAGCCACUUGGAGCUCAAUCGCUUUGCGAAUUGUGACUUAUAUCUUUCUCCGCAUCAUCCCUGGCCAUGUAAGUAGGGAUAGCUCCAGAAUUCCAAUAUCGACCACUAACACUUGUUGCUAGCCAUGGCCUCCCAUUAUUUACACUCUUUUUGCCCUAUACGUCCCCUCCUUCAUUGCCAGCCAUGCAACGCGGAACACAUAUACCGUGGUAGACGAUGAUAUCAAAAUCAUCAUUACUGAUACUGCGCACGAAAACCAGCCGCGGACACUUCCAUCGACUGCUGCACACUCUCAAGAUAAAUCGGGUUCAGACAAACGAAAGCAUGUGGAGGAACAAGUUGAAGUUAAGGAGACAGUCAUAAUAGAUGGGAAAUCACCGAGACCAAUAAACACACUUUUAACAGGCGCGCCUGAUCCUGUAUCGACCUGGCUCUCACUUUUGACAUUUUUGAUCAACGUGGGUUUUGUUCUGGCCACAAUUGACCUGGUAUAUUAUGCAAAAGUUUUUCAUCCCAGCACAGAGCUAUCGUUCGCAAGAAUGGGCUACAUGUAGGUCCACACGUUUACUACACCCCCACCAAGAAAAACAUGCGACAAUUCCGUCUAGUCGUAGCAUACUACUAAAAUUCCAGCCUAGUAUCUGGGAUCAUCUCGGUAUGCUAGAGAUGUCCUUUGGCAUGCCACGCUAAACAGAGCCGCGUCUCCUGUUUUGUACCAUUUCUGACUGUUUGGAAGUGCCCCUACGGAAGCGAAUCUACUCGUUCGAGAGCCAGAUAUCUCUAAGCUUCCCAUAUCCGUCACUUAUCGGCUAGCAACUCCGGCUGCUGCUUACGAAAAUACGAAGCCGCAACUCGCCGGAAUGAUACAUACUCUAUCGGAAGACACUGACUUCACUCAAGCUUUGAAGUUCUCAUUGCCGAAUCAUCCUGAGAGGACUUACCAAUGGACCACAUCAAACAACCAUACUGGCUUUUUCACUACUCCUCCCAAGCCUGGACAUCUUCCUCAAUCGGGAUCUUUCACAUUUUUUACAUCUAGUUGUAUCAAACCUCGCUUUCCUUACAGCCCUUUUGACCACGCUUUGGCAAUUCCCGGUUUCAAGCAUAUGGCAGAUGUGAUUACGAAAAUCCCUGGAGGUUCCCAAUUUAUGCUCUUUCUUGGCGACUUUAUCUACAUUGAUGUUCCGAAGAGAUUUGGAGUAACUGUUGAAGAUUACCGCCGCGAGUACAGACAGGUCUAUAGCUCUCCGGAUUGGCCAGCUGUUGGGCAAAAUUUAAGUGAGUAAUUCCCGAAAUAUUGCCAUGUACAACCAAGGCUUAAUUAUCUAUUUUGAUGGCACAUCGUGUCAUUUCCGUGUCCCUCUACCUACGCAGUGACUUCAAUUGCUAACUUGGAGCUUCUUGAGGCUGGAUACACGUGCUUGACGAUCAUGAAAUUGCCAAUGAUUGGGAUAAGAAAACAACAGGGGUAAGUCAGGAAGCGCUCGUUCCUACACCUCAACCCUGAGUAUCGGAAGUUCUGCUUGUGGCUCGAUAUUUGAGCAAGUGUUGUUGUUUUUAGGCGCAUAUCUGCUGACCAUAAAGCUUCAAGAUUUACGAUGCAGCAGCUGAUCCGUGGCACCAUUACCAAACAUCCGUCAACCCUCCUCGAGCUCGCCAGGCCGGAACUUAUAAUACACCUAGAUAUGGUGCUACAUACUUUGAGUUCACGCAAGGGCCCGCUUCAUUCUUCUUAAUGGAUACUAGAACAUACCGAGAUUCUUCCUCCGAUCUUCCUGCCAACAGCAGCGAGAAAUCCAUGCUUGGUGCACAACAACUUGCUGAUCUCCUCGAAUUUCUCAAGAAACCUGAGCCAAAGGGUGUCAAGUGGAAGAUCGUAGCAUCUAGCAUUCCAUUCACCAAAAAUUGGGUGAGUGUCAUUUAUUCUGCAAUUAACAGCCCUCAAUUCUCAACUCUGCUUAAUUGUUUCUAUUUAUCCCUGAUGUCAUACGAUUUCAGUUUAAGCAAUUGUUUACUCACCAACCCUUUAGCGAGUCAAUAGUAUGGAUACCUGGGCUGGUUACCUUUCCGAGCGCCAGAUAAUCCUCGAAGCCAUGUGGGAUGUUGGCCUCCGUGGAGGCUGUGGGGUUGUGGUCAUCAGUGGAGAUAGACAUGAAUUUGCCGCAACCGCCUUCCCGCCUCCCUCGAAUGGUCGUUGGCCAAUCAGCGCAACCGUAAAUGAGUUUUCUACGAGUCCUCUCAGUCAGUUCUAUUUGCCGAUUCAUACUUAUUGGCAAUCCGACGAGGAAGAUAUUGAAAUCAAGUAACAUAUAUCACGAAGGCUCCUAAUGUGGGACAUUUGCUAAUGUUUCCAUAGAUACAUCCCAGGUGGUAAUUCGAAAUUGGGGGCUAUCACAAUUGAAAAUACAGCCAGCGACCAAAGCACUCUAAAAUUCCGUCUCUAUGUUGAUGGCCAAGAGGUUUGGUCUUCCGUCCUCCUCUCACCACCUGCCAUUUCUGGAGGUCGGUGGACUAGGGAAGCUCUUUGGGGAUGAUUCCCAUAGUGACAUGACAAUAAGCAUGAUGUGACCAAUACUGGGGAAAUAUAGAACGGUAUCAAAAAUAUCAUGACUUUGGAGAAAAUACGAUUUUCUAGACGAUGACAGUCACAGUUCGCAUUUCAGCUUCUGGUAUCUAGUGCUUGAUGUUUUGUCAACACCAGCUAGCUUGCUUUUACUGUUCUUUACACCACAGAAACAAUGAAGGUAUGAAGGUUUGCUUACCACAGUCACGAAGAACAAUGUCUCAAGAAGUCUGUGCCUAGUGCAACAUUGUGAAUCAUAGAUUCUUGAUUCUUGCUUUACUACCAUGUGUUGAAGUGGUCAAUACAGGUAUACAGUUUCUAGAAGUAUAGCUUUCCAAGCACUGCAGGACUUCAUAUCUGGAAUAUAAUACGAAGUUCUGGACUGAUUAGAAGAAACUAGAUGGGAUGAAAUCAAAGAUGGUCAUGAGUACAAACUUAUAUUUUGCGAUAUAUAUGCCGAUUAUGUCACAACAAAGCUCUGGGUACCUGUCAAAUCGGUAAAGAGUUUAGGUGUCACAUCAAUAGAAAUCUCACUUUGCU